UGAGAAUAUUGAAUUCGUAUUUCAUUUUACCUCUAAUUGAACUGUUUUCUGUUAUUUUUAUAGCAGCCAACAGAGCUCAGAGAAAAUGCAUUCUAUCGCUUCAGCUUCAGAGUGUAUUCCUUGGCUUGUGGUCCUCAUCAUCGAAUGUCUGGCCAUUGUCAUCCUUAACAUCAUCACCAUUGUGGUUUUGGUGAAGAUGAAGCGGCAGCUACAGCGGCGGAGUACAUAUUUGAUCAUCCAUCAGGCGAUAGUCGAUCUUUUAGUGGGCGCAGUCUCUGGGCCGCUACAGAUUGAACACUAUAUAACGUGGUUCUGUCCGCUGUGGAAGUACAAACGAGAGACUAUUUGGUCUUUGUAUUUAUCCGCUGCAUUUCAACUUCUAUUCCCGUUCACUUCCUUUACAAAUCUUAUGGCUAUUUCCUUAGAACGGCUACACGCAAUAUUUUGUCCAUUCAGGCAUCGCUUUGUGAGGAAAUGGGUUUAUAGAGCCAUAAUUAUUGUCAUUUGGUUAAUACCUAUUGUUAGAGUAGCCGCUAUAAUUUUCUUAUGGGAAAUUGGUCAUGUCGAGGUAAUUAAUACCUACUUUUAUCUCCCAUUUUAUGCAAUCUCUAAAUUCAGCGAACAGAGCUCAGAGAAAAUGCAGCCUCUCGGCUCAGCUUCAGAGUGCAUUCCAUGGUUUGUGGUCCUCAUCAUCGAAUGUCUGGCCAUAGUCAUCCUUAAUAUCAUCACCAUUGUGGUUUUUGUGAAGAAGAAGCGUCAGCUACAGCGGCGGAGGACAUAUUUGAUCAUCCAUCUGGCGAUAGUCGAUCUCUUAGCGGGCGCAGUCUCUGGGCCGCUAAUGAUUGAAGACGUUGUAACGUUGUUUUGUCCGCUAUGGAAGUACAGACGAAUGACUCUUUGGUCUUAUCAUCUAUUUACUGUAUUUCAACUUCUAUUCCCGUUCACUUCAUUUACAAAUCUUAUGGCUAUUUCCUUAGAACGGCUACACGCAACAUUUUGUCCAUUCAGGCAUCGCUUUGUGAGCAAAUGGGUUUAUAGAGCCAUAAUUAUUGUCAUUUGGUUAAUACCUAUUGUUAGAGUAGCCGCUAUAAUUUUCUUAUCGGAAAUUGGUUAUGUCGAGGUAAUUAAUACCUACUUUUAUCUCCCAUUUUAUGCAGUUUAUCUAUUUGUUAUCUGUGUAUCUUACAUCCUCGUUGUUAUCAAAGUACGAUGUAGUCGUCAUCUUCAAUUCCAUUCUAGGUCCAAAAGAGAAAGAAAACUGACGGGUACUGCGCUUAUCGUCUCACUUGUAUCGUUACUUUGUUUUCUACCAGCGAUAAUAUAUAUAGCAUGUUGUGGCCUUUCCUUAAAUUAUUUCCAGAAUGCUCGCUUUCAUCUGGCUUCGCUAGUUCUAUUUUACGCUAACUCACUUGUAAAUCCUAUAAUUUACGCUCUUCGGAUGCCAGGAUUCAGAGAAGGUUUUUUACAGCUAUUUUACAGGGUCCCAGACCUUUCUCGUAUCGCCUCAGCAAAUCUGCCACUUCGUAACCUUAGGAGAGCGUAGAUUAAAGGUAAGAAAACUACCAGCAUUUCCAUUUUAUGUUUUGGUUUCUAUUGAAAUCUUAACACUUGUAAAAAAGAGGAGGAGGAGGUAUAGGAAUAGGUAACUGAUACAGUAUAGUUUUGCCUUUAAAUAGAAACAGUUUAAUCAACUUUUUAUUGGCCCAAAAUUGUGAUCAUUAGCAUAAGAGCUUGACUUGAACCAAAA